AUGUACAGUGGAAUUCAUUCUCUUCAUGUAUGGCCUGGAGGGGAGAGGAGACAGAGGAGACAGAGAGACAGGGGCUCUUGUCUAUCCAGACAGUGGUUGCGUCUCAAAUGGCACCCUAUGUCCUGUGUAGUGCACUACUUUUGACCAGGGCCCGUAGGCCAGUGUAUUGGUUUUAGUGCCUCCUGUCUAACGGAGCCCCGUGUUACGGCCCCCAUGUAGCUCAGUUGGUAGAGUAUGGCGCUUGCAACGGCAGGGUUGUGGGUUCGAUUCCCACGGGGAGCCAGUAUGAAUUAUUAUUAUUUUUAAAUAAAAAUGUAUGCACUCACUAACUGUAAGUCGCUCUGGAUAAGAGCGUCUGCUAAAAAAAAGAAAAAUGAUUUUUUAAAAUGGUAACACAGCCUGAGGGCAGAUAGUCCUUACAGGCGGACACAGAGAGGUGUCACUGUGUUUGUGUUUGUGUCAGGCUUCUGCUUUCUGUCUCCAGACCUCAAGGGAACUCCCUAUUUUCACACCUGCAGCCCACAACCAGAGCCUCUCUCUGGGGCAAACAUCCUGCCUUCUUCCCUUCCUCCCUUUUCUCACCUCCAGAAACAAAGUAGCAAAGUGAUACCGCCAUCUCACCUCCACAAACACAGUUAUAGCGCCCUCAUCAACAAGGGCAGGCUGGGUCUGUGAGUCCCAGAGAGGGCUGUUAGUCUGGGUCAACUCACCCUGCCUCCUUCCCUCCCUGCUCCAGCUGAAUCAGAGCUCCAGGAGCUGGAGAACAAUGUAGGAUUUUGUUUCUUCUUUUAUUUAUCUGUCAUUAGUGAAAUAUUUAUAUCAGAUUAGAAAUACAACAUCCGGGGGGGGUUACCCUUUAUUUAGACAGGGAAUACAUCUGGGGACACAGGCAGGUGGAAGUAACAGACAAAAGGGUUGGAUCAGGGAUUGAACCCCGGUCUCCGAUGGGGAGAAGAGAAUUGACACUAGACCACAGGCUCUGCAAACUUUUCACACAUAUUUCUACAGUUUGUACAGUUUCUUAAGUGCACUACACUCCCACACACACUUACGUAACCAGGGGCCAAUGUCUCAGGCUCAGGAAUGUCAGCAAUCGCUCAAUAUGACUUGUGGUAGCGAAACACGGUGAUCCAGCUGGCAACAGUCAUGUAGCCUGAGCCCCACAGUGGGGAAAAGAUUGGGAACUACAACAUACUCUCUCUCGGCACGGCUUCUCACAGUCACAUGCUUAACAGGGCCAUGGGCCUAAUUUAUCAAAGGUCUUAUAGUAGGAGUGCUGAUUUAGGAUCAGUUUAGCCUUUUAGAUCACAAUAAAUAAGAUUAAAUGGACAGGGGGGGACAUGAUCCUAGAUCAGCACUCCUACUUUGAGACGCUUGAUACACACUCCUGCAGAAAAACACAUUUACACCGUCUUAUUAAACAAAAUUGAUGGCAGGUAAAACCGUUACAGAGCCCACCGUUACACAGUCACAGCAUCUGACCCAGUGCACUUUGUUUAAGCUCCAUCUCACCACUGUUAGCAUAUAGCACUGAGGCGAAGGCUGUAUUAUCAGCAGUGUCAAGCCUAGCUACAGGUAACUGCCAAAAUAAAGGAAAGACCAACAUAAAGUCUCUAAAUAGGGCGUUGGGCCACCACGAACUGCCAGAACAGCUUCAAUGCGCUUUGGCAUAGAUUCUACAAGUGUCUGGAACUCUAUCAGAGGGAUGCGACACCGUUCAUCCAGAAUCUCCCAUAAGGGUUCAAUUGGGUUGAGAUCUGGUGACUUAGACACACACAUACCCAUUAAACACCCUAUGCUCCUUUGAGUCCCCUCUUUCAAAGUCACUGAGAUCUCUUCUUCUAGUCAUGGUAUCCAAAAUAGUGGGCAACUGGUCAUUUUUAUACAUGACCCUAAGCAUGAUGGGACGUUAAUUGUUUAAUUAACUCAGGAACCACACCUGUGUGGAAGCACCUGCUUUCAAUAUACUGUGUAUCCCUCAUUUACUCAAGCGCUUCCUUUAUUUUGGCAGUUACCUGUAGGUAGCUCUCUCUCUGAGCUUACACUUUCAGUCACUUCUUAAAUGCCAGACAACAGCAAUUAACUCUCCAUCCCACCACUGUUAGCUUAGCACCGCUGUCUGUGAGGACAGUAGCUUUAGAUAGCUCUCGCUCUCCCAGCUCACACAGACAGACACUCAGUCACGUCGCAGAUGCAGAUGCAUACAAAGACAGGGAACCAAUCAGGGGACCCAGCGACUGACUUCAAAGCCUCAGCGUCUUUUUGAACUGAAAUUGGCUCUUCAGUAGGUUGCCUUCCUUCCCAGUUCUCUGUCAGCGCUGCUUUAAUCAGCUCCAUGCUAACUCUCGCUCUCUGUCUCUCUCAUUCACCUGUUUUUCCAUAGCCACCAGUAAUCCCAGAUAGAUAAAUGUUUAAUUAGGGAGUUCUAUGGGCAGAUGGCUGGACGAAUUAAUUGAACAGUCUUGAUGGAUGAGGAUGGAUAAGGGAGGGAAGGUAAUGUUUUAGUUGCCAGACUUUUUUUUGUGUGAAAAUAUCUGAAUAUAUUUGCUGAUUUUAUUUGGGCUUGAUUGUUGUUUUUUGGAAUAUCAGUGAUGAUCCAUGUGGAGAGUGUCAUUAGUUUCCAGUCGCUUUCACUUAGGGCUGACAUCAAAGACAUGUCGACGUUUUAAUGGUAGUAGGACUUACUAAUGAUGUCUGUUCAGUAGCCAAAGGUGAUAUUUCCACUUAAUAAAUUACUUUAAAAAAAAAGCCCCUUAAAAGAAGAUUUGUGAUAAGUGUCACAUUAUGGAAUGAGACAGCCCUUUGCUGACCCUCAUGGGAUUCUAAAGGAUACCAAUCAUUUUGUUUACUUCGCAUAAACAGAUCAAUUUUUUGCAAACUUCUAAUCCAAUAAGAAACCCAGUGCUAGUCCACUCAAAUCUGUUAAUGUGCCAACACUUAACAGCUCGUCAAGAAAACAGUGCAUCUAAAUUCAAACGAAAUCAAGAUUAUUUUCCAUCUCUACUGCUUCCUUUGCUGUAGCCCAUCGCUCUGAAGAUGGCCAACAAUUCAGACGGUUUAGCAAGUUAGAGUUUACGACUGGGCAUAAACAAGGGCCAACAAUGUUCGGUUUCAGCGUGGUAGCUGAUGUGGAUGAUGUCAUAUGGACAAGGCAACAAGUGUAUUGUAUUGAACAUGUGAUUCCUCAUUGAGUCCUUAAUGCUUUAAAAUGUUCUAAAUUAAUUUUUCCUUCCUUUUCUAUCCAGGGCCAAGUCAUGUUCAGGAAUGGAGAGCGGAUGGGCACGAUCAAAUUCACACAGUUUCAAGGUACAGUAAGCACAUAAUGUAGGAUUGUUGCAUUGUUGUGAUGUUCUGUUGAUUGCUCUAGUAUUAUGACUGGUUGCUGUCUGGUUGAUGAUGAUGUCAUAGUAAACCUACUCUGGGGUUACCCAGCCAGUGGUGGUUGACUGCAGGUGAACCAGGGGGCUGCUGGGUGGGAUUUUCUAUCCAGAGAUGUGAUCUGUAUUUGGUGGAAUCCCUCCAGCUCCCGGCCCAACCCUCCCUCAGCACCAGUAUGCCUUUAUUCAUCCGUUCUCCCCCAUCUUAUCUACCCCACUGCAGCGGUGCCCCCUGUGGCAGCUUAAAUCGUGAUGUAUGUGUGUGUGUGUGUGUGUGUGUGUUUGUGUGCGUGCAUGUGUGUGUGGAAACACUCGGGGCAGGAAGACCUGUUUGGUUGUGGAAGGGAUGGAGCUUUUCAAUUGGAAGGCAACUGGCAGUCAUAUCAUGGAUAAGCAAAGACUAUCAUCAGUGAACUGGAGAGGGGUUGCUCUAUAGAGCUGUGAAAAUGUCAUCAUGAGUACCUAGCCUUAGGCAUAACCCUCCCGCCCCUCCCUCUCGCCUCCUCCUCCUCUCAUUUGAACACCAACCUCCACCUCUCAUCUCUUUUUUCCUCUCUCUCAUCCUCUGUCUCUCCCUGAAACUUGAAAUCAUCUCUCUCAUCUCUCAUCUCAGCCUCCUCGAUCGCCUCUCCUUCUCUCUCUCUCGUCUCUCUUCUCUCUAGUCCAACUACCGCGCCUCUCUCUCUUCAUCGCGGAUCUCGAUCCUCUCUCAGUCACGCCUCUGCUCCGUCAUUCUUCUAUCUCUCGUAAGAUCGUCCUCUCGAAUCCCAGAGCCUCGAUCUCUAUCUCUCUCUAGCUCAGUCGGUCCUUCCCUCGUCGCUAUCGUCCGACAAGAUGAUCGUCAGCGAUCGUGCUCGCUCAUGCUCUCUCUGUCCUUCGGCAGAUGCCCUCUCUCUCUCUCUUCUCUCUCUCUCUCUCUCUCUCUCCUUCUCUCCCUCUCUCUCUCCUUCUCUCCCUCCCUCCCACCUGGCUUCUCAGGGAGUGUGUGACGACUGUUUGACACACGAGAUGAAGAGAAAGAGAGAGAGAGUGAGAGAGAGCAGAGAGAAAGAGGAGAGAGUGGAAAAGUGAAGAGAGAGCGAGAGAGAGAGAGAGUAGGAGUGGAAAGAGAGAGAGGAGGGAUUGCCCUGGCUGAAUAUUUAACCAGGAUCUGAUUCUCUCCUCAACCCUGCCAUCUGUCCUCAUGCAGUGUGGGAACAGCUCACUCAUUCCCCUUCUGAAGGAUCGGACUGUCAGAGCCUGUCUUUCACCCUCUGCCCCGCUCUGUGGUGAAGUUCCCCUUAGGUACAGAUCUAGGAUCAGCUUCCCCUCCCCCAACCCUAACUGUAAUCAUUAGUGGAGAAAAUGCAAUGCUUACCCAAGAUCAGCGUCUAGGGUCAACUUCACCCUACAUCCCCCCUCAACCUAUCAGCCUACAGAUCACCUUACAUAAAGUCACCUGGUACCUGGGUCAGCUUUGCAUUUUCCUCACUAAUGGUUAAGGUUAGGAUUGGGGGAGGGGAAGCUGAUCCUAGAUCUGUACCUAAGAGGACCUUAACCACAGAACAGGGCUGAGGGUGCAGUGUAAGAAAGCCGAAUGCAUCAAUAUUCAAAUAAUUUCUUAUGGUUUAGUAGCGAGAUGUGAAGGUGUUUCCCCCUAAGUUUAAAGCUAUAUAAAGGUUCAUUCAUUAUUGAAUGAAAUUCACAUUCUGUCAUCUCCUGCAAUAGAGUGCUGAGAUGGUAGGAUGACGUAGGUUUGAUUUGGGGCAGCUUGAUUUGGGGCAGCUGUAGAGACUAACCCUGGAUAGCAUGUCUGCAUCCCAAAUGGUAUCCUGUUUCCUAUGGGCCUUGGUCAAUAGUAGUGUACUAUAUAGAGAAUAGGGUGCCAUUUGGGUCACAAGCUGGGGUGUGUGCAGGAGAUGGCUAAAACAGUUAGCAUCACUAUGGUGAUGUUGUGCAGAGGAUUCUAAGAAUUGCAACCCAGGUCAGGUAGACAGGGACGGAAGUCACCCUGUUAUGCAUGGGCAGCAGAAACAGUGCAUCAUUAGCCUGGUCCCAGAUCUGUUUGUGCUGUCUUGCCAACUCCUAUGGCCAAACAGUUCUGGGAUCAGGCUAGUGUAUCAGCACCUCUGUGUCUGGAACCUCUGGGUUCAUAAAUCUGAAUGUGAUUAACAGAAAUGCACUGAUCCCAGAUCUGUUUGUGCUGUAAUGCCGCCCUCCUAUGGUUGUCAUGCCAAACAGAUCUGGGAUCAGGCUUAAAUCGGCAUCUGAUUUACAGUAACAAAGGAGGUAAUUGAACAAACAGGCGUGAAAUGUCAUUUCAGAAGUUGGGUGAAGGGUUUGCCCUAACUUAACAGCAACAGCUCAGGGACGUAGUAGUCGUAAUUGUGUAGCGCUUAUGUUUAUCUGUUCUCAAUCCUCACACUGUAAAUCUAUAUAAACUUAUGAGAGAGAGGAGAGAGAGAAGAGAGAGAGGAGUGCGAAAGAGAGAUGAGACGAGAUAGAGAGAGAGGAGAGAUGAGCAGAGACUAAGAGAGAGAAGAGAGAGACAGGGAGAGCGCGACCUCUUUAUCGAGAGGCGAGAGAGUGAGAGAGAGGAGAGAGAGUUUUGGAUGAGAGAGAGAGAGAGAGAGUUUUCUCCCCUUAUCUCCCUCCUCCCCCUGUGUGUUGAGUAACUGUUCACCCAUUUUUAUGAGAAAGAGAGUGAUGGAGCUGGUGUGUGUGAAAGGGUCAAUACAGAGCCUGUAUUACACACGUGGGACCAAUAUCACAGGGUUCUACAGUGCGAUCAUUUUACUCGCAUAUGCGCCUCAAUAUUUUGCUGUGCGACCUGGAAUUUUAAUUUAGGAGCACCAGUGCGCCUAGAAAAAUGUAAGAUUCUAGCUUUAAUAUCUCAAAUAUUUUUUCAUUGUGCUUCUACAUUUCUUUGUGUGAAUUUUUUUUAACUUAGGUGCACUCGUGCCGUACAGCCCUGUAUCAGCUUUUAAGAUUUUUCUUGAAGGAAAUGGCAGGUUUAAAUAGCACUCAGGAGAAAGAGGUUUGUGUUAUGGCUCAGGCUAUAUCACAAUUUAGACUCAUUUUAAUGUAUCUGUGAAAAUGCCAAUGUAUUGCAUUACAAAUGCCAGCGUACAAUUGUUUUUAUUUAUUGUUGCUUUCAUUUUGCGAUUGGCUUCUUUACUGGAGACUUGCUCUCCGGUAAUGUAUGUAUGUAUAGUACAAAGCGGAGUGUAUUCACUAGGAAACAAACGGAAGAAAACGGGCUAAAAUGGAGAGGGACUAACCUGAACUUGUCCAAUAAGAAACACUCAUUUUCAUUGCAAAACGUUUCGCUACUGUUUUCUACAGUGUGUGCAAACGAAUACACCCCAGUGCGUUACUGUUGCUAACCAUUAAACCAAUCUGUAUCACAAACAUUAACCCAGUGCCAUUACUCUGUUAGCUUGAUCCAAUCACUGUUUUGCACACUUAGCUAAAAGACACAAGCUGUAAAUGAGACCUCACACUGCAAUAUUCCUCAUUCGUUUUGGAUUUAGAGCUGUCUUAUCUAUUUGAAAUGUUAGUUAUUUUGGGUCAGAUCGCUGCAAUUUUAAAUUCUGCGAGAACAGUCUAGUGGACUGAAAGAGAAAGUUGUCCAAUGUGUUGUCCACAUGCUGUCCUAACUCUUUCCUGUUUGUGUUCCUAACAGAGGGGCAGGAGGUUAAGGUUGGAGAGUACAACGCUAUCGCUGAUGUCCUGGACCUCAUCAACAACACCAUGAGGUUCCAAGGUACUUACACAUGAGAUUGUAUGUGUGUGUGUGUGUGUGUGUGUGUGUGUGUGUGUGCGUGCGUUGUGUGUGUGUGUGUGUGUGUGUGCGUGUGUGUAUGUGUGUGUGUGUAUGUGUGUGUGUGUGUGUGUGUGUGUGUGUGUGUGUGUGUGUGUGUGUGUGUGUGUGUGUGUGUGUGUGUGUGUGUGUGUGCACGUACACACAGGGCAUCCAGUAUACUCCUCUCAACCAAUCAUCCUGUGUUGAAUUAUUUACCAGCAUUUUUAUUAAGCCAUGUUUUCUGGUGUUGACAUUCCUUGUAAUUGGUUCAAUUCCUGAUGAUUACUACAACCCUCCCCCUCCCCUCCCCUCCCUCCCUGUUGUCCCAUAUACACACACUCUGGGACAGCUAAAACAAUUGUUUCUAUGUGUCGAACCACCAUAAGAGAGCUCAGUAAGAUGAGACGUUGAAAUCGAUUGGCAAAGACACGGAGAGGACGGAUAAAGGAAAGGGCAAACAUAAGAAACAGCGGUCGCUGACCACAACAACUGAUUCUCUAUGGAGGUACAUUUACACAGCUGAAUGUAGCCAAAUUGAGGCGUUUUCCAAUGUCAAGUAGCCUAAUGAUGGUUAAUUUAGGAUCUAUCCUUCUACUGUAGAAGUGUCCAGUACUUUACGUACUGUAGAAUCAAAGUCACUGGACAAGUGGACACACUUAAAAUCAAAAUAAUUAUUGUUAAUUAUUGUACAUUUCUCACGCUAAGAAAAUCCCCACUAGGCACAGACGUUAGUUCAACGUCUAGUUUUGAUUUACAGUGGGGGAAAAAAGUAUUUAGUCAGCCACUGUACAUUUGGUUGAGUUGCCAACUAACAUGAAUUCAACAAAAAAUGUCACUGUUAUUGGAUUUAGGAAAAAAUACGGAAUUCCCUUACAUUGAUGACUUUUUGCAAAUCCAAUCAGUUUUCCAUGUUGAUUCAACGUCAUCAUAUUAUUUUUUAUGUUGUUGAAAUGACGUGGAAACAACAUUGAUUCAACCAGUUUUUUUGCUAGUUGGUCUGUGAAUGUCCUCCUCUUCAUUCAGGAGUGGAUCCUCCAAAUCAAGUUAUUUUCCUUUCCCCCUUCUUGUGGAGUUGUUUUUCAACGUAAAAUACUGGUGAGGUCUCAUUUUGUUUGUCUAUCCUUCACCUGUAGAAGUCAUUAUUAGAAUAAUUUUUAUAUGGCAAAUGUCUUCCUCCUCUUCAUUCCAGGAGUGGAGCCUCCUAAGGACCGUACGUUUGUACGUCUGCAGCGUCGCAACAUCAACGUACCCCUCUACAGCAUCCUGUCUGUUAUCACCAUCCUGGGCAUGCUCAUGGCAGGGGCCUUCCUCUUCUUCAACAUCAAGAACCGCAACCACAGGUCAGUGGAAGAGGGAGGGGAAUGAGGGGAGGAUGGGGUCGAGCUCUAGCCUGGCUGACGCUACUCAUGUGGUACACAGCAAGGGAGAGCUGUGACUCACUGGUCUGGACAGGAGUCAAAUUGUAAAUGCAGUAUUCACACAGAAAUGAGCUUUGAUUGGUUCUCUCAAACGUUGUUUUCUUUCCUGGGGAGUUGAGAGUCUGAGACCUCACGUUGUUUGGAUUAGAAAAUCCAACAGUUGUAUUGGAAGUGGGCGGCGCUCGGGGGCUGCGUGUGGUUGUCGAUGUUGGUGUCUGAGUGAGAAAGACACAGAGGAGAACCAAUCAAAAGUACAGCCCCCUUCAUUUUCAACGCAUUGUGCUGACAAUAUCAAGGAGCCUUUCCAGACUACGGAGUCAGGAAGACUUGGAGUUUGGUGGACUAGUGCUAGCUAGACUAGUAGAGCUCUGGGGGGAAGUUUCUUCUCGGUACAAAUCUAGGAUUCGCUUCCCCUCCCCCAAUCAUAUGUUAAAGAGAUUCACCAGUACUUUUGUAUACUUUUUAGCCAGAGUUUGUGAAAGUAGCGCUCACGAGCAAAAAGUGGUCUCCAAAAACUGGGUACUACAUCAUAUAUGUGCAGAUACUGUAUGUGCACCACAUCAUUGCUCUGUCUCUCGCUCUGCUGUUGUGCACCUUGCUAGCUGUCACUCAAAUGGCGAGGGGCUGAAGCUCAUUGGCUAGAACUCAAAUUGCUAGGGGGUUAGCUCACGUGGGGGGAAAUGUAGGGAAAAUAGCGCAGCGCAGCUUCCAGAAAAACAGUCGCUUUCAAACUAGGGAUUUUGUGGCUAAUUGAGGUAAAACAGUAAUUCUGCUGAUAGAUUCUGAAUGUAUGAACUACACAUUGACACAUCCAGCCCAAAGCGGGAGGUUUAAAAAAUACUUAGCAGUUACCAAAGUUCCGGAGCAUGUCUUUAACCAUUACUGGGGGAAAGCUAAAACUGACCCAAGGUCAGUGUCUAGGGUCAACUUCAUCCUACACCAGUGGUAUUCAAAGUCGGGGUCGGGACCCCUACUGGGGUUGCGGGGGAAUUGCAGUGGGGUCGCCACAUAAAAAAGUUACGAUUACAGAUUUUAUGGGACAAUAUACUGACAAUAUAUUGUAUGUUAAUGUAUAAUAAUGUAUAAUGUAUGACUGUAGGAUAUGACCAUGUAAUAGCAAUAGGAAGGUGGUGGGGGGGGGCUCACCUCAUCCCCCCCACCACCAAUGUGUAGCACCCAAAUGAAAUCAAAUGUAGUUAGUUUGUCACAUACACGUGUUUAGCCCCGUGUAGCUCAGUUGGUAGAGCAUGGUGCUUGCAACGCCAGGGUUGUGGGUUCGUUUCCCACGGGGGGCCAGUAUGAAAAAAAUGUAUGCACUCACUAACUGUAAGUCGCUCUGGAUAAGAGCGUCUGCUAAAUGACUAAAAUUUAAAAAUGUAGCAGAUGUAUUAUCCAAGAUGUAUUAUCCAAGAUGGCGUAGCAGUGUGGUCGUGUGCUCGUGUAAAUAGCCUGUUUUUUGUGUUUUGUCUUUUUCGUAUAUAUUUCUCAAUCUCACUUUUCAUCCUUCAACUAAAUAUACUUUCCUGCAACCCGCCUCACCCAAUGUGGAACGGAUUCUAUUAUUUCUUAUACCUUGUUAUCUAGAACCUCCGGCUGAAACUAGCCAGCUAACUAGCUACUUGCUAUUAGCCACCAUUAGUGGUUUUCACCAUUGUCCGUGGCCUGCACUACCUACCAGCCAGCUCUAGCCUGGACAAUUAUCGGCCAGUCUGCACAGUCUGCACAGCGCGCUAUCGACCCAGAACAUAUCGGAUUUUCUUCCGGAAUCACUGAAUCACUGGACCUUAAAACCGGAUCAUCGCAACUAGCUAGCUGCAACCGAAUGGAUGUUGUUGUUGGCUAAUCACCACUGUCCCAAAACAAGCACCAGUUAACCUUGAGCUAGCCUCGAGCCAGGCCCAUCUCCCGGCUAUCUACCUCUCUGUCAACCGGACGGGACCUCCUAGUGUCGACACGCAGCCCCGCCGAUCCAUCACGACUGGUCUGCCGACGUAAUCGUCUGAUGUGGUUUCAACAGGCUUCCCAUUGCGACGAACACGAAGAUCCAUCUGCUAGCCACGGCCCGCUAGCACACGCAAUCAACAUUCAUGCCUCCUGCUCGCCUGUGCCGUAGCAGCCAUCGAAAUGCUCCCGGACUCACCUAUUGCUGUUCACUGGACAUUAUGAUCACUCAGCUACACAGCUGAUGCUUGCUGGACCGUUCCUUUACACGGUACCCCAUCCUGUUCAUCUGUCCUGUUUAUCUGUUUAGCCUCAGCCCAAACUUUCGUUGCCAUUACCAGUUGUUGUCUUAGCUCUCUCGAAUAACACCUGUGAUUGCUUUAUGCCUCUCUCCCAUGUCAAUAUGCUUUGCCUAUUGCUGUUUCGGUUAGUUCUUAUUAUGCAAUUUCACUGAAGAGCCCCUAGUCAUGCUCAACCUGCCUCAGAUAGCUCCUUUGUCCCACCCCCCAUACACGCGGAGACCGGCUCAAUCGGUGCCUCCAGUGAUGCUAUCUCUUUCAUCGUUACCCAACGCUUAGGUUUACCUCCACUGUACUCAUAUCCUUCCAUAUCCUUGUCUGUACAUAAUGCCCUGAAUCUAUUCUACAACGUCCGGAAAUCUGCCCCUUUUAAUCUCUGUACCCAACGCACUAGAAGACCAGUUCUUAAAGCCUUUAGCCAUAUCCUUAUUCUACUCCUCCUCUGUUCAAAUCAAAUCAAAUCACAUUUUAUUGGUCACAUGCGCCGAAUACAACAGGUGCAGACAUUACAGUGAAAUGCAUACUUACAGCCCUUAACCAACAGUGCAUUUAUAAAAAUAAAACAACAAAAAAAGUGGUGAGAAAAAAAAAAGAGCAGAAGUAAAAUAAAAUAACAGUAGGGAGGCUAUAUAUACAGGGGGGUACCGGUGCAGAGUCAAUGUGCGGGGGCACCGGCUAGUUCCUCUGGUGAUGUAGACGUUAACCCAGGCCCUGUAGCCCCCAGUAUCACUCCUACUCCCCAGGAGCUAUCAUUUGUUGACUUCUGUAACCGUAAAAGCCUUGGUUUCUUGCAUGUUAACAUCAGAAGCCUCCUCCCUAAGUUUGAAUUAUUCACUGCGUUAGCACACUCCGCCAACCCUGAUGUUCUAGCAGUGUCUGAAUCCUGGCUUAGGAAGGCCACCAAAAACUCUGAAAUUUCCAUCCCCAACUACAAAAUGUUCUGUCUAGAUAGAACUGCCAAAGGAGGCGGAGUUGCAAUCUACUGUAGAGAUAGCCUGCAGAGCUCUAUCAUACUAUCCAGGUCUGUACCCAAACAGUUUGAGCUUCUACUUCUAAAAAUCCACCUUUCCAGAAAUAAGUCUAUCACUGCUGCCGCAUGCUACAGACCCCCCUCAGCCCCCAGCUGUGCCCUGGACACCAUAUGUGAAUUGAUUGCCCCCCAUCUAUCCUCAGAGUUCGUACUACUUGGUGACCUAAACUGGGAUAUGCUUAACACCCCAGCCGUCAUACAAUCUAAACUAGAUGCCCUCAAUCUCACACAAAUUAUCAAGGAACCUACCAGGUACAACCCUAAAUCCGUAAACAUGGGCACCCUCAUAGAUAUCAUCCUGACAAAUGUACCCUCUAAAUACACCUCUGCUGUCUUCAAACAGGAUCUCAACAAUCACUGCCUCAUUGCCUGCGUCCGUAAUGGAUCCGCAGUCAAACGACCACCCCUCAUCACUGUCAAACGCUCCCUAAAACACUUCAGCGAGCAGGCCUUUCUAAUUGACCUGGCCCAGGUAUCCUGGAUGGAUAUUGACCUCAUUCCGUCUGUAGAGGAUGCCUGGUUGUUCUUUAAAAGUGCUUUCCUCUCCAUCUUAAAUAAGCAUGCCCCAUUCAGAAAAUUCAGAACUAAGAACAGAUAUAGCCCCUGGUUCACCCCAGAAUUGACUGCCUUGACCAGCACAAAAACAUCCUGUGGCGUACUGCAUUAGCAUCGAACAACCCCCGCGAUAUGCAACUUUUCAGGGAAGUCAGGAACCAAUAUACACAAUCAGUUAGGAAAGCAAAGGCUAGCUUUUUCAAACAGAAAUUUGCAUCCUGUAGCACUAACUCCAAAAAGUUUUGGGACACUGUAAAGUCCAUGGAGAAUAAGAGCACCUCCUCCCAGCUGCCCACUGCACUGAAGCUAGGAAACACUGUCACCACCGAUAAAUCUACGAUAAUCGAGAAUUUCAACAAGCGACCAGCCAUUCUUUCCACCUGGCUACCCCUACCCAGGCCACCAGCUCUGCACCCUCCGCUGCAACUUACCCAUGCCACCCUCGCUUCUCCUUCACCCAAAUUCAGAUAGCUGAUGUUCUGAAAGAGCUGCAAAAUCUGGACCCAUACAAAUCAGCUGGGCUAGACAAUCUGGACCCUUUCUUUCUAAAAUUAGCCGCCAAAAUUAUAGCAACCCCUAUUACUAGCCUGUUCAACCUCUCUUUCGUAUCAUCUGAGAUCCCCAGAGAUUGGAAAGCUGCCGCUGUCAUCCCCCUCUUCAAAGGGGGUGACACUCUAGAUCCAAACUGUUACCGACCUAAAUCCAUCCUGCCCUUCGAAAGUAUUUGAAAGCCAAGUUAACAAACAGAUCAUCGACCAUUUCGAAUCCCACCGUACCUUCUCCGCUAUGCAAUCUGGUUUCCGAGCUGGUCAUGGGUGCACAUUUACAUUUACAUUUACGUCAUUUAGCAGACGCUCUUAUCCAGAGCGACUUACAAAUUGGUGCAUUCACCUUAUAGCCAGUGGGAUAACCACUUUACAAUGUAUUUUAUUUAGGAUUACUUUAUCCUAUCCCAGGUAUUCCUUAAAGAGGUGGAGUUUCAAAUGUCUCCGGAAGGUGGUGAGUGACUCCGCUGUCCUGGCGUCGUGAGGGAGCUUGUGCACCUCAGCCACGCUCAAGGUCCUAAACGAUAUUAUAACCGCGAUCGAUAAAAGACAGUACUGUGCAACUGUCUUCAUCGACCUGGCCAAGGCUUUCGACUCUGUCAAUCACCUCAUUCUUAUUGGCAGACUAAAUAGCCUUGGUUUCUCAAAUGACUACCUCACCUGGUUCACCAACUACUUCUCAGAAAGAGUUCAAUGUGUCAAAUCGGAGGGCCUGUUGUCUGGACCUCUGGUAGUCUCUAUGGGGGUGCCACAGGGUUCAAUUCUCGGGCCGACUCUUUCAUCCGUGUAUAUCAAUGAUGUCGCUCUUGCUGCUGGUGACUCUCAGAUCCACCUCUACACAGACGACACCAUUUUGUAUACAUCUGGCCCUUCAUUGGAGACUGUGUUAACAAACCUCCAAACAGUAAUAAAGGGGAAUAUAUAUUUUUUUUAAGGAUAUGUAUGUGUAUGUAUGUAUGUGUGUAUAUGUAUAUGUGUAUGUAUGUGUGUAUAUAUAUAAAAAAAAAACAUGGGGGAUUGGAAGUGAUGCAGACAAUUACAUUGAUGGAAGUUACAAUCUAUCUGCAAUAUUAAGCUGAUCUACCCCCACAUAGCCUCCAACUGCUCUUAAACUCUAGUAAAACUAAAUGCAUGCUCUUCAAUCGAACGCUGCUUGCACCCGCCCGCCCGACUAGAAUCACUACUCUCGGCAGGUCUGACUUAGAAUUUGUGGACAACUACAAAUACCUAGGUGUCUAGUUAGACCGUAAACUCUCCUUCCAGACUCACAUUAAGCAUCUCCAAUCCAAAGUUAAAUCUAGAAUUGGCUUCCUAUUUCGCAACAAAGCCUCCUUCACUCAUGCUGCCAAACAUGCCCUCGUAAAACUGACUAUCCUACCGAUCCUUGACUUCGGCGAUGUCAUUUACAAAAUAGCCUCCAACACUCUACUCAGCAAAUUGGAUGUAGUCUAUCACAGUGCCAUCCGUUUUGUCACCAAAGCCCCAUAUACUACCCACCAUUGUGACCUGUACGCUCUCGUUGGCUGGCCCUCACUACAUAUUCGUUGCCAAACCCACUGGCUCCAGGUCAUCUAUAAAUCACUGCUAGGCAAAUCCCGCCUUAUCUUAGCUCAUUGGUCACCAUAGCAACACCCACCGUAGUAUGCGCUCCAGCAGGUAUAUCUCACUGGUCAUCCCCAAAGCCAACACCUCCUUUGGUCGCCAUUCCUUCCAGUUCUCUGCUGCCAAUGACUGGAAUGAACUGAAAAAAUCUCUGAAGCUGGAGACUCUUAUCUCCCUCACUAACUUUAAGCAUCAGUUGUCAGAGCAGCUUACCGAUCACUGCACCUGUACACAGCCCAUCUGUAAUUAGCCCACCCAACUACCUCAUCCCCAUAUUGUUAUUUAUUUUGCUCAUUUGCACCCCAGUAUCUCUAUUUGCACAUCAUCUUCUGCACAUCUAUCACUCCAGUGUUAAUACUAAAUUGUAAUUAUUUUGCACUAUGGCCUAUUUAUUGCCUUUCCUCCAUAACUUACUACAUUUGCACACACUGUAUAUAGAUUUUAUAUUGUGUUAUUGACUGUAUGUUUUUGUUUAUCCCAUGUGUAACUCUGUGUUGUUGUUGUUGUUUUUAUCGCACUGCUUUGCUUUAUCUUGGCCAGGUCGCAGUCAUAAAUGAGAACUUGUUCUCAACUGGCUUACCUGGUUAAAUAAAGGUAAAAAAAUGAAUAAAAAUAAAUGUUAUUGCGGUUGUAGUGAAAUGCUUGUGCUUCUAGCUCCGACAGUGCAGUAAUAUCUAACAAGUAAUAUCUAACAAUUUCACAACAUAUACCCAAUACACACACAUCUAAGUAAGGAAUUGAAUUAAGAAUAUAUACAUAUAUGGACGAGCAAUGACAGAGCGGCAUGGACUAAGAUACAGAAGAAUAUUAUAGAAUAGAAUACAGUAUAUACAUAUGAGAUGAGAAGUGCAAGAAAUGUAAACAUUAUUAAAGUGACUAUUGUUCCAUUUCUUAAAGUGGCCAGUGAUUUCAAUAGGCAGCAGCAGCCUCUAAUGUGCUAGUGAUGGCUAUUUAACAGUCUGAUGGCCUUGAGAUAGAAGCUGUUUUUCAUUCUCUCGGUCCCAGCUUUGAUGCACCUGUACUGACCUCGCCAUCUGGAUGAUAGCGAGGUGAACUGGCAGUGGCUUGGGUGGUUGAUGUCCUUGAUUAUCUUUUUGGCCUUCCUGUGACAUCGGGUGCUGUAGGUGUCUUGGAGGGCGGAUAGUUUGCCCCCGGUAAUGCGUUCGGCAGACCGCACCACCCUCUGGAGAACCCUGCGGUUGCGGGCGGUGCAGUUGCCGUACCAGGCAGUGAUACAGCCCGACAGGAUGCUCUCAAUUGUGCAUCUGUAAAAGUUUGUGAGGGUUUUAUUAAAACAGCUACUAAAACUGCUCUCAGAGUACAGCAAAUCUCUGCAAAUGUCCCUAGAGAUGCAGCCUAUAGACAAGGACAUAUCCCCUAGAACGUAAUAUGAAUCAACUUGAUUGUAGAUACAGUGAGGGAAAAAAGUAUUUGAUCCCCUGCUGAUUUUGUACGUUUGCCAACUGAUAAAGAAAUGAUCAGUCUAUAAUUUUAAUGGUAGGUUUAUUUGAACAGUGAGAGACAGAAUAACAACAAAAAAAUCCAGAAAAACGCAUGUCAAAAAUGUUAUAAAUUGAUUUGCAUUUUAAUGAGGGAAAUAAGUAUUUGACCCCCUCUCAAUCAGAAAGAUUUCUGGCUCCCAGGUGUCUUUUAUACAGGUAACGAGCUGAGAUUAGGAGCACACUCUUAAAGGGAGUGCUCCUAAUCUCAGCUUGUUACCUGUAUAAAAGACACCUGUCCACAGAAGCAAUCAAUCAAUCAGAUUCCAAACUCUCCACCAUGGCCAAGACCAAAGAGCUCUCCAAGGAUGUCAGGGACAAGAUUGUAGACCUACACAAGGCUGGAAUGGGCUACAAGACCAUCGCCAAGCAGCUUGGUGAGAAGGUGACAACAGUUGGUGCGAUUAUUCGCAAAUGGAAGAAACACAAAAGAACUGUCAAUCUCCCUCGGCCUGGGGCUCCAUGCAAGAUCUCACCUCGAGGAGUUGCAAUGAUCAUGAGAACGGUGAGGAAUCAGCCCAGAACUACACGGAAGGAUCUUGUCAAUGAUCUCAAGGCAGCUGGGACCAUAGUCACCAAGAAAACAAUUGGUAACACACUACGCUGUGAAGGACUGAAAUCCUGCAGCGCCCGCAAGGUCCCCCUGCUCAAGAAAGCACAUAUACAGGCCCGUCUGAAGUUUGCCAAUGAACAUCUGAAUGAUUCAGAGGAGAACUGGGUGAAAGUGUUGUGGUCAGAUGAGACCAAAAUGGAGGUCUUUGGCAUCAACUCAACUCGCCGUGUUUGGAGGAGGAGGAAUACUGCCUAUGACCCCAAGAACACCAUCCCCACCGUCAAACAUGGCGGUGGAAACAUUAUGCUUUGGGGGUGUUUUUCUGCUAAGGGGACAGGACAACUUCACCGCAUCAAAGGGACGAUGGACGAGGCCAUGUACUGUCAAAUCUUGGGUGAGAACCUCCUUCCCUCAGCCAGGGCAUUGAAAAUGGGUCGUGGAUGGGUAUUCCAGCAUGACAAUGACCCAAAACACAGGGCCAAGGCAACAAAGGAGUGUCUCAAGAAGAAGCACAUUAAGGUCUUGGAGUGGCCUAGCCAGUCUCCAGACCUUAAUCCCAUAGAAAAUCUGUGGAGGGAACUGAAGGUUCGAGUUGCCAAACGUCAGCCUCGAAACCUAAUGACUUGGAGAAGAUCCGCAAAGAGUGGGACAAAAUCCCUCCUGAGAUGUAUGCAAACCUGGUGGCCAACUACAAGAAACGUCUGACCUCUGUGAUUGCCAACAAGGGUUUUGCCACCAAGUACUAAGUCAUGUUUUGCAGAGAGGUCAAAUACUUAUUUCCCUCAUUAAAAUGCAAAUCAAUUUAUAACAUUUUUGACAUGCGUUUUUCUGGAUUUUUUUGUUGUUAUUCUGUCUCUCACUGUUCAAAUAAACCUACCAUUAAAAUUAUAGACAGAUCAUUUCUUUUUCAGUGGGCAAACAUACAAAAUCAGCAGGGGAUCAAAUACUUUUUUCCCUCACUGUACAAUGAAUAACACAAGAUGGAAAAAAGGAACAUGGUUUACAGACAUGGUGUGUAUUGGGACCCCGGCAUUACACUAUACCUGAUUCUGCAGCACCAGGGCCCUAUAUAGAUGGGGUGUUGCCGAUAUCCCCUCGCCUUGCAUUUACAGACAGAUUUGAUUACCUAUUGAUUUGAUGUACAGUUGAGUUGUGAGUUACACAAUGGUUUGGGACAUGCUGUCCUAAGUGAACUGUAAUGUACAGACAUCCUGGGGUGUAUUCACUAGGAACCAAACGGGCAGAAAAGGGGUGGGGGACAUACUUGAACUUGUCCAAUAAUAAACUCAUUUUCGUAAUGUUUUGCUACGGUGCUCACUAAUGAACACACCCCUGAGCAAAUACAAGUUGUUAUCUGACGUGCUCCUGUUAGGUGUGAAAUGUAUUAAGUAUGUCAUUUAGAAAAGCUAUAUUCACUCCCUUUUACUUGGAACGGAACUGGGAAAAUGCACACCUCGGGAAGUGGGAAUUCACCAAGACAAAAACAUGUUUAAAUGUCAAAAAUGUCCCAUCUGAAUGUUCACUUUUGGAACUCUGUUCCCCCAAUUCGCUCCGCUGCUGUGACUGCAUUGUAAUAUAAAAACAUGUUUCAAUGUUAAAAUGGUCCUUCUGCGUUUUUCAAUUUUUGAACUCUGUGUAUCUCUCCUCUCUCCUCUCCUCUCCUCUCCUCUCCUCUCCUCUCCUCUCCUCUCCUCUCCUCUCCUCUCCUCUCCUCUCCUCUCCUCUCCUCUCCUCUCCUCUCCUCUCCUCUCCUCUCCUCCUACAGACUGAUCAAGAUGUCCAGUCCCUACAUGAACAACCUUAUCAUCCUGGGUGGAAUGCUUUCCUACUCCUCCAUCUUCCUCUUCGGCCUGGACGGUGCCUUGGUGUCCGACAAAGAGUUUGAGGCCCUGUGUACUGUGAGUAUAUAA